GCCUGCCUCCCUCUUAAACCCUCGCCUCCUCUUCCCCCCUCCGCGCACGCGCCGCAUCCGUUCCCCAUUUCAAACCACGAGACGAGGAACCAAAUCCCCCACAUAAUCCUCCGAUCCGCCCAUCAAAUCGCGCCCCUGAUCGCGCAGGAGUCUGCUCGCCUCCGUCAAUCGAUCCGUCCGUCCAGCAGCAGCAGGAGACGGAGGAGGCGAGGGGAGCGUCUCGGGCGACGGCGGUCAUGGAGGAGGACCCGCUGAUCCCGCUGGUGCACGUGUGGAACAACGCCGCCUUCGACGACUCCUCCUCCUCGUGCUCCUCCGCCUGGCACGCGCACGCCACGCCCGUGCGCAGGGGCGAGAAGGAGAACCGCCGCCCGCCCCCGAAGAGCGAGGAGGAGGACGCCGACGCCGAGAUCGCGCGCGUCGAGGCCGAGAUCCUGCGCCUCUCCUCCCGCCUCCACCACCUCCGCGUCUCCAGGGGCUACGACGCCCCGCAGCGGGUCGCCGACGCCGGGACGCGGCCGCGGGCCAGGGGGCUCAACCUCGCCCCACUCGACGACCUCCCCACCGCCGCCGCCGACCCCAACAACCUGCUCCUCCUCCCGGCGAAGCAGCAGCAGCAGCCCCCGCCCGCCGCGCAGAAGCCCAGGCCCGCCGCCAAGCAGCAGCUCCCGACGUCGCGGGGCGGCAGGGGGCUCAGCCUCGGCCCGCUCGACAUCGCCGCCGCGAACCCCUCCAAGGCCCCCGCGGCGCGUCAGCAACCGCAGCCGCAGCCGCAGCAGGCCGCCCCGGCCAGCCGCAUCCUGAGGCCGAUCAAGGAGCCCCCCGUGCAGCGCCGCAGGGGCGUCAGCCUCGGCCCGCUGGAGAUCCAGCACGGCAUCAGUGGCACCAAGCCCGCCCCGGCGGCCGCUGCCGCGGCGCGGGCCAAGCCGUUCCCCAGCAAGCUGAACGCCAUCCGCGAAGAAGGGCAGGCAUCCAGGCAGCAGCCCGCGGUCCCCGCCAAGCUAUGGCCGUCGAGCAACGCCAGACAGCCGCUGGACAGCAGCAAGCAAGGAACAGCGGCCAGCAGGGCCAAGGCGAGGAGCUCCAGCAUGAGCCCCAGGGCCAGGAGGCAGUCCAUUGCCAGGGCCACGAACAGCACAAGGGGAGGCGUCGCCGCAUUCGGGGCUGCCAAGGUGGUGGCCGACCAGCUCACGCCCAAAGCUGCCAUGAACCACAUCAGCACUGCGUCCACCUGCAGGAGGCCGGCAGGGAGCUCCAAGGUCAGGGUCGUCCCGAGCCGCUACAGCCUCAUGCCCGGCGCAUCCCUGGGAGCCGCAACACAAGAUGGUCGCCGCAAGGAGUCUCUCCCGGGAUCAACAGGGAGCACAGGCCAGAAGGAGGAGAUCAAAGCGGUGCCCACUGAGCCUGUCGAUGAUGAUCUGUCUCCUGAAUCACUGGACAAGGUUGCUGAACUGCUCCCGAGGAUCAGGACCAUGCCGCGUCCCAACGAGACUCCCCGCGACUCAGGAUGCGCGAAGCGCGCCGCCGAUCUGGUCGGGAAGCGAUCCUUCUUUGCCGCGGCCGCAGCCGGCGAUGGCAGCGCCAUUUCCUCCUACCAGGCGCGGGUCCUUGAAGCCGAGGCACCGGAGGAGGCAGCAGCAGCAGGGGCCUUGAGCGAUGAGGCAGCAGCAGCAGGGGCCUUGAGCGAUGAGGCAGCAGCAGCAGCAGCAGCAGCAGAAGCCUUGAGCGAUGAGGCGGCAGCAGCAGAAGCCUUGAGCGAUGAGGCAGCAGCAUGAUUUUGAUCCAUUGAUGAUUGGCCGGGGAGUGCUUGCUUAACUUGAGCAUUUGGGUGAGGCUUUUUGCAGCGUGUUAUAUAGUCAGUCUACUGUUACAUUCGUAUCUCAUGCUUUGUUUGCCAUUUCAUUCGUUAAGGACCUGCUUAGAGUGUGAAGAAGACCUUUAUCCGGGUGCUAUUGUUUUUAGUUUUACCUGUCGGUCAGUGUGCUCUGUUCUGUGUAAGUAGUGUCAUGGUGUGGUUCAGAAACCUUUUGGUUGGUACUUGGUAAUGCAAGAGGAUAAUAUUCUGCUCCAAA